AUGCCUGAUGUCAUGGUAGAGCCAUGCUCUGAAUACGCCAGAGCUUCAGGUCCCAACGCUAUCAAGGCCGCGUUUAUGAAGAGCAAAAGUAUGCUCCAACCUCUCUACACCACAGGCUUACGGAACCUUGCCGAGCCUGCCUAUCAAUCUGAGUCCGAGGAUGAGAGGCCUGUUGUCCGCAAGACGCAUACGAGGUCUUCAUUUAGGGAUGUCAUGGCUCAGGCUAGAGGUAGUCAAGAUUUUGUGCCGCAUGAGAAGAAAGAGGAAGACAAAGUAACAAAGAAUGAGCGUGAGCGACCAAAUACACGCACAUAUACACCGAGUUCAGAAGUGCCAGCCAGUAUCUCUGAUCUGGUGGACUUCAGUCGUCUUCAGAAGGCUUUACAGGAUCGUGAUCAAUACCGACGAAAGGAGCCUUAUGUCUUGCGGAAGCCGUUUGGCAUUAAAGACAGCAACGAACUUCCUGCUCUCCUAUCCAUGAAGAAGCGAAAUCAUCAGAUCAAUCAGUCCGAGGUUAGGAUGUGUAAUCAUAAAACCUUUGUCAUCUACUGGGAUCCUGACGAUCCUAGCAAUCGCAACGGUUCCUUCAUAUCUAGGGUACGUGACCAUAAAGACAGGUCUGAUAUGACGGAGCACUCCUGCUGCAACUCCAGGAGCGUUGAUGUCAAGGAAAUAACCAUGAGGAUGGCCAGUAGUAUCAUAGAAGCUUUCGAUAAGCAGGAGGAUCACCACACAACGGGUCAUGAUGAAAGACGCAAAGGCACUGAGCCGGAACGAUCACCGUCUCACAGUAUCGUCUUACGAGAGGUUCACAACAUGUACUCCCAACUUUAUCGUCAUGAGAUUCGCAAGCUAGUCAAGACUGAGGAGGCUGUUAACACAAAGCUUGAUGCGAGGGAGCGGCUAGCAGCCCAGCGGUUACGUCAACGUGGUAGUGCUUCAAGGAAUUGUGACACAAACAACACGCCGGAAGUGGACGACAAGCCAGACUCGGCUCUAGGAACAAACCCUUCAAAACGGAAGAGGAAGACGCCUAGACAGAGCGCGGAAGAGAAGGUAGCUCGAAACAAGGAGCGUAGGGCUUUCAUCGAUAUCGUCAGGGUCCGCGUCGAGCCAUUGGACCGUUACAAGCCCUCGACAGUGGAGGAGCAACAGGUUCGAGUGACCCGGGCCGCAGAUCGGGUUCGACGAGAAUGCGCUGCCAAUGUGCAGAAUAUGGAGCCUGAAGCCAAAUUCUCACGGAAGUCGAACAGGUUCGCGGUCGCCAUCAACGUGGGUGAAGACGACGAGACUACUUCCCCUACUCAAGAGGCGAAGAAGCCUAGGUAUCAUCGCCUAGCUAGGCGUGUUACAGACUCCUAUGGUGAGUCUAGUGAAGGCGAAGCUAAGGUUGAAGCCUUGUCAAAGCUUGUAAGUCACGCUGCCGCCAUUGGAAACGAACUCGAGCAGGCGCCAGAGUCGCCAUCGUCUUCAGCUCCGCGAGGUUCCAAGCGGAAGAAAGUAUUCUCUGAUUGUGGAGAGGAGAUUUCAGCCUCACCAUCUUCGCUUUCCCCACGGCUUAUGAAGAUGGCGAAGUAA